GAAACAUUAACCAGACUGUUGCUUACGUAAUCAAAGUCAACGUCAGUCAAAGUCAUGACUGACUUUGAGCUUUGCAAGCUAAGCAACUACCCUGCAUUAAUGAACAAAAGAUUCUCCUUGCACCUCAAGUUGUGGCUCAUUAUAAAUCUCACCUCACUUGCUAUCCUAUUAGUUCCCAACCCUUUGGGACUUGAAUUAUAGGGCAACACAAAUGUUUUCUCUCAACAAUGUCAUGCCGGAAACGGCGUCGUCUAUGUUCUCAGCCUAUGCCUCCUUUGCAACCUUCAUGAUGGUCUUCCGUUCCAUGGCCAAGGACUUCAUCCCGGACCCUCUCCGCACCUAUAUUUCCUCCUCACUCAGUUACCUUUUUAGCCCUCUCUCCGGCCUCUUCUCUUUUUACCUCACUCUCGCCUUCUACGAGUACUCCGACAUGUCCCGCAACCAAGUCUACGACGCCGCCGCGGUCUACCUCGAGAAAAAGAUCGGCCCCGCCACGCAGCGUCUCCGCGUCAGCAAAACGCCCCGGAAGAAGUCCAUGGGCGUCGCCAACGACAGAGACGAGGAAGUCAUCGACACGUUCGACAACAUCAAGCUCAAGUGGAGGCUCGUCACCGAAACAAAGACCGGGAACAACAACAGGCUGCGCUACUUUGAGCUGUCGUUCCGCAAGAAACACAAGGAAAGAGUGAUGGGCAGCUACUUGCCCCACGUGCUUGCCCAGGCAACCGCCAUGAAGCAAGAAGAAAAGGUUCUCAAGAUUUAUACACGUCAUAUCUUGUCAUGGGAGGACGUCUUUGAGGAUGGCAACACUGAAUGGGGAUCCAUAAACCUGGAGCACCCGGCCACGUUUGAGACAAUGGCGCUGGAGCCAGAUCUCAAGAGAACCAUUGUAGAGGAUUUGGAGAGGUUUGUGAGUAGGAGGGAGUUUUACAAGAAGGUGGGCAAGGCUUGGAAAAGAGGCUACUUGCUGUAUGGCCCCCCAGGCACGGGAAAAUCCAGCCUGAUUGCGGCCAUGGCUAAUUUUCUCAAGUUUGAUGUGUUUGAUUUGGAGCUUGCUAGCAUUCGCAGUGACUCUCAUUUGAAGAGGGUUUUGCUGUCUACCACAAACCGUUCCAUUUUGGUCAUUGAGGACAUUGACUGCUGUAAGGUGGAUGUUCAAAAACGGAAACAUGAUUCGGAUUCUGAUUCUGAUUCUGAUUCGGAUUCGGAUUUGGAAACGGAGAAGAAGCCCAAACCUAAUACUAAGACAAGGGUGACGCUCUCGGGCUUGUUGAACUUCAUUGAUGGUUUGUGGUCAAGCUGCGGUGAUGAGAGAAUUAUUGUCUUCACCACCAACCGCAAGGAGAAGCUUGACCCUGCAUUGCUACGUCCUGGCCGAAUGGACCUCCACAUCCACUUGUCGUAUUGCACGACAAGUGGGUUCAGGAUCUUAGCCUCUAACUACCUCGGAAUUCAUGACGACAACCGCCCUCGCCUCUGUGGUGAAGUGGAAGGGUUGAUAAAGAGCACAGAGGUGACACCUGCAGAGGUUGCGGAGGAGCUCAUGAAGAGUGAUGAUGCUGAUGUUGCUCUUCAGGGACUUGUCAAUUUCAUCAUAAAGAAGAAGAUUGAGACUGAGAGGGACAUGAAGAAAUUGAAAACUAAGAAGAAACGACGUCGUAGAAGACGGAUCAGAAACUUGUUCAGCUUCCAUCUUUGGUGAUUUUGACUUUCCAACAUAUGACUUUGUGUGUGUGCGUUUGGGACUUUGCUUAUUUUUUUAACAAAAAUUUGUUAUGAAUGUUGGGUUUUGUUUUUGUAAUUUGUAUCUGAAUGGUCUAAUGAAUUUUGGAACUGG